GACUGUGGAAGACUUAAUCGUGAUUUGAGUAAAGUUUUCCGGCCGGAGGAGAAAACUCGACGUUACCACCGCGCUGUAUUUCUUCUCCGAUCAAGUUGAUGUCAGGCUUCUCAGGUCAACUAGUGCUCCUCCUCCUUCUCGUCUCUCUCUCCUUGUCGCCGUCUGUUAGGUGUUUAGGUAAAGAGAGGACAUUGGGUAUGAUAAAGCCAGAUGGAGUCUCUGGUAACUAUGCUGAGGAGAUCAAAAGGAUCAUUGUUGAAGCUGGUUUUAGUAUCGUUAAGGAGAGGCUUACUCAGCUGGAUAAGGAGACAGCUUCUGAGUUUUACGAAGAGCACUCGUUAAGGAGCUUUUUUCCUGAUCUUGUUUCUUACAUGACUAGUGGUCCGGUGUUGGUGAUGGUGUUGGAGAAGAGAGACGCUGUUACUGAUUGGCGUGGUUUGAUCGGGCCAACUGAUGCGCAAAAGGCUAAGAUUUCUCAUCCUCACAGCAUCAGAGCAUUUUGUGGUAAGGACUCGCAAAGAAACUGUGUGCACGGCUCUGAUUCAAGAUCAUCAGCUGAGAGAGAGAUCAAGUUUUUCUUCAAGGAUGUAGUUUCAGAUGACAUCGCUUCACAACAUGAUGAACUUUAGAAUACACCAAAACAUGUUAUCUUUGUAAUCUUGUAACUGUUGUUUAAUCUAUCUAUAGUCAUAUAUACUGUUGUGUAACAAAUGGUCAUUGAUUUCGAUACAACUUUUUCAAUUAUUGGAAGCGUGGUAUUAUUACCACCCUGAUUCAAAUCUAA